UGUGGUGUGUCAGGUACGGGGAGCAGAAGUGCUCCUGACUCUUGUGCAGCCUGUGCGUGGAUUGCAGAUAAGGUCAAAGCAAGACAAGUUCAGAUAGUCUGAUAAGGACUCGAGAAGGAGUGCUGUCAUUCUGCUGCUGCUAACAAAGGAAGAAAUAUUCAGCUGGUGAACCAAGAACAAUGAAGGACAUAUUUUUCAUAUUUCUCUUCAGUGCCUGGAAGUUUACCUCUGCACAAACAAAUACAUCAGCUCCAUGUAAACCAGUAACCAUCCCAUCUAGACGCUUUCGAGUCACGGAGAAAGAGGCCAUUCGUUUAAUUUGCAAUGAUUCACUUUACAAACAAAGAAAUGCCACAGAAUUUUCCUGGCGCAAAAAUGGAAACCAAGACAUUACGUCUUCAGAAGACCAGCGCAUCCAUCACCAUGGAGGAGCCCUCUUCUUUUUGCCAGUCCUCCUGAAUGACACAGCAGUAUACUCCUGCAUCUGGCAAGGCCCUAAACAAUGCGCAAAUAUUGUCUUUGAAGUGAUAGUCUACGAAGCAAACCCUUUCAACCGCUCCGUGUUGUACACACCUAUAGAAGAGCAAGCGCGCAACCCUGGGAUCACAUGCCCUGACAUCGCUGAGGGCCUGUGCCAAGGAGGGAAAGGGACCCUUGUCUGGUACAAGGAUUUUAAACCCAUCCCAAAUGAGUCAGAAGCAACACUCCGCAUUAAUGAUGCUUCCAAAAAUGAUGAAGGAAUUUACACCUGCAAAUGUUCAUGGGAGCACAAUGGGACCAUUUUCAACACCUCUGCAUCCAGAGAAUUGAAAAUCAAAGCUCCAUCUGUCUCGUACCCUCCGGAAAUCCAAUCUCCAAAGAGCAAUGCCACAGAGACUGCUGAACUAGGUUCUCCCAAAACACUGGUUUGUGAAGUUUUCUUUGGUUACAAUGUCGACGACUUCAGUGAAGUGUGGUGGGAGAUAAAUGGAAAGGAAAAGGAGAGCUGGGACAGCGGAUACUCAGAAAAUGUUACCAGGGAAGUGGAAGACAAUGCAAGUAUCCAAAAGGCUGUUCUGACAAUCUCCAGUGUAUCAGAGAGUGACUUCCACUCAAGUUUUAUGUGUGUUGCUAUGAACGAUCACGUCUGGGUGAAUAGUUCGGUAUUUCUCAAGCCCAGAGAGACAAUAUACACUCUCAUCAUGGUCAACACAUGUGCUGUGCUGGUCUUCGUGCUGGCUUUUGUGGCGUUGACUUUCUUCAGGAUAGACCUGGUUCUUCUCUUCCGUGGUGUUUUCCGCAUGCAUAGAUUUCCGGCAGAUGGAAAGAUAUACGACGCCUAUGUCAUUUAUCAAAGACACAACCUGGACAAAGCAGUAGAGGAGAAAAUGGGUCGCUUUGUGAGUGCAGUUUUGCCUGAUGUCCUGGAAAGAAAGUGUGGUUACCGACUCUUUAUCCAUGGAAGGGAUGACCUGCCAGGGGAAGACCAUAUGGAGCUCAUUGAAACCCGCAUGAAGCUGAGCAGGCGUCUCAUAGUGAUCCUGACCCCAGGGACAGCGAGAGGUUAUGAGCCCAGUGCUGUGCCCGAGGACUAUGACAGGCAGGUGGGGCUGCACCAUGCCCUGGUUCAGGGCGAGCUGAGGGUGAUCCUGAUCGAGCUGGAGAAGAUGGACAGCUACAGCCACCUGCCCCAAGGUCUGCAGCACCUGGUGUUGAAGAGCGCCCCCCUAAGGUGGAAGGAGGGGGGUCGCAAGGGUCACUCACCUCACUCAAGGUUCUGGAAGAACGUCCGGUACAUGAUGCCAGUGCCCACUGUCAUCUGUGCACAUCCCAGAAGGCACAAGACCCUCAAACAGAAGGGUCCACUCGAAGAUCAAUCAUACCUCUCUCCAAUGGAGGUUUAGUGGACGUUGAAAUAUCACCUAAAAAUGUACAGGCAGGGAAUGUGUUUGGCUGUACGCACAAAUGUUUAAGAACUCUGUGAGGCAAGAAGCUGGAAACAGAUGGAAGAGGCACACAAAGGGUUAAUUGAAACUGAAAAGAUAGUGGAGAGUAGCCAUAAAUUAGUGCAGCAACGAGAGCUGCUGUGGCUGGUUUCACAGAAAAGUGAUGGAUUAAAUCACACGAUUUUUAUAAAGAAGAUAUUUGCUACAUUAUGGCCAUCUAGUCAGUGUGUGUUUGGUUUAGUAAGUACCAUCCUUUCCCUGGCUUUAAAUGACUUAGAAAUGGAAACCCAAGGUGUCCUUCAUAUUAAAUUUUUCUUUCUGGCUUUAGGGCCACAGCUGCUUAUUACUCCUAGCUGUCGUCAUGCAAGAAUGUACAUAUGGCCACUUACUAACUGCAACUCCACUUAAAUUCUCUAGAUAUGUUGAUCCUAUACUGUUUCCAAGCCCUGAAAUCAGGCAAAAUGUUAGCGUAACAUUUCUUUGUGCACAUACUAUAUGAUUUUCUCUGUGAUGUUACAAAGAAGUUGGCUUUCCCGAAAGUGGGGUGACGUUUUUCUGUACAACACUGGACGGGUUAUGUUUGCUUUGCAUGUGGCAGCUUUACAUUACCAGGGCAAGGAUGUGCUGUCCUUUUUGCAUAGAUUCAUAAUUUUAUUUGCAUUUAAAUGACCUUUGGCAGUAUAUCAAAAGUGAAAUGUAAGAUAAUGAAAUAUCCCUGAUCUCUGCUAUUAGUUUUUUACCAUCAUUUUCAUACGUGUCUCAAUACCAUGUCCACUUUUUCAAAACACUCAUCACAUUCACCAUAUCAGUGAACUGUGUAAACUUUUGCACUGCUUUGAUACAAAAUGCUUUCAAUCACCACUUCUUCUGAAAUUCAUGAAUAUCUC